AUGACACCGCACGCCGUACGCGCUACUGGCGAUAUCUCAAUUGGACCAGCCUUAUAUCUACCUCCUAUCGCGUUUGUUAUCGUGCUGGCUCUCCCAUCCUACAUCGGUGGCAACAACCAGAACAACAGCAACAUCGACAAUAACAAUCAUCUACCCUCCGAUCCCUGGGCCAACUUCGAAGACCCUAUCUCGGUUGACAACCGUAGUCUCUCCUCCGCCCCCGUUGACAAGGGUUCGACACCACCGCCAACAGCAGCAGCAGAAGCAGCCGGCAACGGCGACGGCAUCGAGGCCCCGGAGGCGUCAUGGCAUCCUUCGCGCGACAACUGUCUAGAGCGGAGUUUCGAGAACAACAGCGUUCAGAGCGAGAAGACCAAACCCAAUCCCAGCACCAACCACGACCACUCCAAGUCUCUGGAAAGCACAGAGACGCCCGUGAAAGCUCCGGAACCUGGCAAGGGGUCGCCCGAACCGACGACAGGAGCAGCCCAGAGCUAG